AUGGACGAGGGAAGCAUAUUUGAUCAAUUUAAUGAAGCUGAAUUUACUUCUACAUCAAACUCAAUAGUAUCUCAAAAUGAAUUUGAACCUGAAGCUCUUACAGAAAUAACCAACCGAUCCUCUAAACGAAAAAUUGAUCCUUUCUGGGAUGAACAUACUGUAACUGGUAAUAAACAGCAUUGUAAUUACUGUGAUACUGCUUAUUCGAUGGAUACAGGUCUUUCUACAAUAAAGAAACAUUUCAAACAUAAUCACCCAGAUAGAUGGGACGAAUUAAUAAAAAUUGUCAAUAAGACAAAUAUUGAACCUUACAAUGCAGAUAAAAUUUUACAAAUAAAUCAUAGUCUUGUCAAAUGGAUUAUUACAGACCAGCAAGCAUUUUCGAUA